GCCCGCGAUUCGACUCCUCUCUCUUCAACAUCGAUCAGCCGCUUCACGUCGCUUCGAGAGGGGCAGCUGAACAGCUCAUAAUCGCGAGAGAGGCAUCAAGGAGCGAGGAGGGCGCAGAUAGAGGGGGCUGGGCUGGCACGCCGGAGCGCAAGCAGACGUGCUGCAGCAUCAAACGCCAUGGCAUCUCUCGCAUCUUCACGCGACAGCUCUUCCAGCACCCAGCUACGCACCGAAGCUCCCUACUGGUUCGCGUACAAGAACAGCGUCAAGCGCCGAUGGGAGGGGCGGCAGCUGCUGGAGAUCUUCGUCACCGAGUUCAGGGAUCGCACGAGAGAGUACUACACAUGGGCGAUCCACACCGGACUGUGCACCAUCAACGGCCACGCCGUGCAGCCAGACUACGUCGUGCAGCACAACGACUACAUGGUCAACACGGUGCACCGCCAUGAGCCGCCCGUGACGGCAGAUCCCAUUCGCAUCAUCUACGAGGACAAGGAGGAGGGAAGACUGGUGAUUGUCAAGCCCGGCAGCAUUCCGAUCCACCCCGCUGGACGGUACAUGCGACACACACUCAUCGAGAUGCUCUCGAGCACGCUCAACGUGCCGACGAUCUACACGGCCAACCGUCUGGACCGCCUCACGUCCGGCAUCAUGAUUCUCUCCACCAAGAAGGAGGCGGCACAGAAGCUCUCGAGCGACUUCCACAUGGGCCUGGUGCGCAAGGCGUACGUGGCGCGCGUCAAGGGCAAGUUUCCGGAAGAGCAAGUCGUGUGCAAGGAGCCACUGCUGGCAGUGGACCGGCAGACGGGCGUGAAUGUGGUGCACCCGCUCGGCAAGGACUGCGAGACGAUCUUCCAGCGCCUGUCCUACGAUGCCGUCUCGGACACCAGCGUGCUUCUCUGUCGGCCCAUCACGGGCCGCACGCACCAGAUCCGCGUGCAUGUGCAGUGGCUUGGCUAUCCGAUUCCCAACGACCCCAUCUACGCGCACCGCAUCUGGCAGGAGCUGCCUCCGCAGAGCUUCGCCUCGGUGCGCGUCGACACGGAUCGCAACAACCGCGCGCCGGGCGAGGAGGGCUACGAGGCGCAUGGCUGCCGUGAGAUCGAGCGCGUCGUGGCGGUGCUGAAGCACGAGAAGGACUCAAAGGAGGACUGGGCGCGCUGGCGCGACGAGGUGCGCUUCGGCAAGCUGGUGCGCGAGCAUGGCUGGCACCUGCCGACGGUGUUCGGCCCCAAUGGCGAGAGCGCCGCAAGCCAGGCGGGCUUCGAUGCGAAAGAGGCAGAGGAGGACGAGGGAGAGGCGUGCGAGACUUGCAUGUGCCCAGUGCAGCCCGACCCGUCGCCCGAGGAGCUCUACAUCUAUCUGCACGCCAUCAAGUACGAGACGGAUGCCUGGGCCUUCGAGGAUGAGCUGCCCUGGUGGGCGCGUCCCGACUGGCGUUCUGCUCGCGAGGCGGGCGCCACGGCUUUGCCCGAAGCGUGCGGCUCCUCCUCCUCGGCCAUUGCGCCGCCCGUCGUCUACGUCGCCAAUGUGGCGCAGCGCCGCGAGGCAGGCGGCAAGCUGCGCGUGGCGACGGGCGAUGCCAAUCUGCCCACUCUGGUGCAGCCACGCACAGCCGCGCAUGCAGCUCCCGGAGCAAGGCAGACAAGUGCAUGCAAGCUGCUCGACGUGCCCGAGGUCGACUCGCACCUGCCCUCGCUCGACGUCGACGACGACGCCGACUCGACGCCGGCGGUGCUCUGUGAAGUCUUUGCCGGGCUCGAAGAUGUGGCGCAGCGAGACAUUGAGGCGCAGCUGCGUCUCUUCGGCGUCUCUACACGCACGCGCGCGGCACUGCACUGCGCACACGUCCUCGUCCCCGCUGGCCGAGGCGCAGCGACGGCCAUCCGGGCCUUUGCAGCAGGACGUCUGCCGGGCGUGCGUGCCGCGUACCUCGUCAUGCAGGAAGCGCCCAUGGAUGCCGAGCUGCUGCUGCGCCUCGCAACGGAGAAGCUCGAGCUGGGCAACAGCAAGCGCGCAGCUCGGCUGAAGGCGCUGGCGGAGAAGAAGGCCCAACGAGCGGCCAAGCAUGCGGGCAAGGUCGUCGAGGAGCCCUCGGAACCAGCGACACCGCAACACGAAGAGCCGGACCAGCUCACCGCGGGCGAGGAGGAGCUGUUGGCCGGCAUUGCACGGCAUUGGCACGCCUCGCUCGCCGCAAGACACGCCGUCUUUGCGGCGUGGCGGCGCGUGGCGGCCGCGAUGCACGUCGAGCUCACGGCACGCACGUUCCGCGGCAGUGUGGAGCGCAGUGCCUACCUGCUGCCCACCCUCACCACGCAGAUGCUCGAGCGCGAGCUCGGCGAACUGGCAGGGCAAUGGCUCAUCAAGAGCCCCCCGAUCGACGAGCCGAUGGACGCGUGGCGUGUCGAUCUGAAGCACUGCAUCCUGGAUGUGACGCUCAAGUUCAUCCCUUCCCUCGGCACUCCAGCGGGCGCCGAUGCCUCGACGGGCUCGCACAAGUCGGCAAACAAUGCCCCAGGCAGUCUCUUCUACCUGCUUGCUCUGCCCGCGCCGGCGGCAGGCACUGUGCCAUCUCGACCGGCCAUUCCGACGUCCCUCAGCGCAGGCGGCACCUCCUUGGCGCGCUAUCGCGCCUACACGCUCGCGGCGGCGCUGCCGCUGCCCAAGCUUGCAGGCGAUGAGCGCCCGCGUCGACUGCGCAUCCUCGAGCCGUGCGUGGGCCGCGGCAGUCUGGCGAUCGAGCUCGCCGCUGCGCUGCAGCGACGAUGCAGCAAGGACGGCGCACUCGAGGCGGAUGUCUACGCCUGCGACAUUGACGCUGCCGAGCUGGCACGCGCCUCGCAGAUGCUGCAGCUCUGCCACUCGCCCACGUCUGCGUGCGAGGCCGUGCGCCUGCAGCUCAGCGCGGCGCCGCUCAACAGCACCGACGUCUGCGCCGUGCAGGCCUUCCUGGGCAGCAGCGAGCCGCUCGACGCCAUCCUCAGCGACCUGCCCUGGGGCCAUCGCGUCGGCAACAGCAGCAACGUGGCGCGUCUCUACCCUCGCCUCGUGCAGAGCUUCUGCGCACUGCUUCGCCCCGGAGGCUACGCACUGCUCAUGACGGCGGAGCAGCGCACCUUUGUGCGCAUCCUGCGCGAGGCCGAGGGACAGGCGAGAAAGACGAACCAGCCGUACUACCUCUCCAUCGAGGCGCUCCAUCUUCUCGACGACGACGACGACGACGACGACGAGGCAGAGGAGGACAGGCUCGCCUCGCCACAUGCGCACGAACAUGCGCACGCGAUGUGCAGACAGGGAGCCAAGGAGGCGGAGCGCUGGCAGGGCCUGCGGCCCGUCGAGGUGGGCUUUGGCGUGUACCUCUUCCUCCUUCGCAAGACUGCCAUGUAGACUUGCCUCCUUGCUCUGCUGCAAUCUCACCUUGGGGUGUCACAUGCACCUUCUUGCCAACUGUCAUGCUGCCCGUG